UCACUGGGACUUCACCUUCGCCUACUUCGUCCGGAAAGCCACCAGAGAAAUGGUCAAUGCAUGGUUCGCUGAGAGAGUCCACGCCAUCCCUGUGUGCAGAGAGAGCAAUCGAGGUCCCCCAGAACCCUGCGCUUGCCCCGUGCAGCAGAGAUCCCACACCGAGAUCAGCACCCCAGGAACCCCAACCAGGAAAAUCUCUGCUUCCGAAUUCGACCGGCCGCUUAGGCCCAUUGUGGUCAAGGACUCGGAGGGCACAGUGAGCUUCCUGAGCGACACGGACAAGAAGGAACAGAUGCCUCUCACCCCUCCCAGGUUUGAGAAUGAUGAGGGGGACCAGUGUGCCAGGCUCUUGGAAUUAGUGAAGGACAUUUCCAGCCACUUGGAUGUCACGGCCUUGUGUCACAAAAUCUUCCUGCACAUCCACGGGCUCAUCGCUGCCGACCGCUACUCCCUGUUCCUGGUGUGCGAGGACAGCUCCAAUGACAAAUUCCUCGUCAGCCGCCUCUUCGAUGUGGCGGAGGGCACCACCCUGGAGGAAGCGUCCAACAACUGCAUCCGCCUGGAGUGGAACAAGGGCAUCGUGGGGCACGUGGCUGCGCUGGGCGAACCUCUGAACAUCAAAGACGCAUAUGAGGAUCCUCGGUUCAAUGCCGAAGUGGACCAAAUCACAGGUUACCGAACACAAAGUAUCCUCUGCAUGCCAAUUAAGAAUCACCGGGAAGAGGUUGUUGGUGUAGCUCAAGCCAUCAACAAGAAAUCAGCAAAUGGUGGAAUUUUUACUGAAAAAGAUGAAAAGGACUUCGCAGCAUACUUGGCAUUUUGCGGUAUCGUUCUUCACAACGCUCAGCUCUACGAGACAUCGCUGCUGGAGAACAGAAGAAAUCAGGUGCUUCUUGACCUUGCCAGCUUAAUAUUUGAAGAGCAGCAGUCCCUGGAAGUGAUUCUGAAGAAAAUUGCCGCCACCAUUAUCUCUUUCAUGCAGGUGCAGAAAUGCACCAUUUUCAUAGUGGAUGAAGAUUGUUCUGAUUCUUUCUCCAGCGUGUUUCACAUGGAAUAUCAGGAGUUAGAAAAAGCAUCAGAUAUUUUAAUGAGGGAACGGGAUACAUCCAGAGUCAAUUACAUGUACGCUCAGUAUGUCAAAAACACCAUGGAACCACUUAAUAUCUCAGAUGUGAGUAAGGACAGAAGAUUUCCCUGGACGAAUGAAAGCACAGGAGCUGUUCACCCACAGUACACUAGAAGUUUGCUUUGUACACCAAUAAAAAAUGGAAAGAAGAAUAAGGUCAUAGGGGUUUGCCAACUUGUUAAUAAAAUGGAGGAGAAUUCUGGACUGGUGAAACCUUUCAACCGAAAUGACGAGCAGUUUCUAGAAGCGUUUGUCAUCUUCUGUGGUCUGGGCAUCCAGAACACACAGAUGUAUGAAGCAGUGGAGAGAGCUAUGGCCAAGCAAAUGGUCACCUUAGAGGUUCUGUCCUACCAUGCAUCAGCAGCUGAGGAGGAGACCAGGGAGCUCCAGUCACUGGCGGCCGCUGUGGUGCCCUCAGCACAGACCCUGAGAAUCACCGACUUCACCUUUAGCGACUUCGAGCUGUCAGACCUGGACACCGCUCUGUGCACCAUCCGCAUGUUCACCGACCUCAACCUGGUGCAGAACUUCCAGAUGAAGCAUGAGGUUCUUUGCAGGUGGAUUUUAAGCGUCAAGAAGAAUUACCGGAAGCACGUGGCCUACCACAACUGGAGGCACGCCUUCAACACCGCGCAGUGCAUGUUUGCUGCGCUUAAGGCCGGCAAGAUCCAGAACAAGCUCACUGACCUAGAGAUCCUCGCUUUGCUAAUUGCGGCCCUGAGCCACGACCUGGACCACCGUGGGGUGAACAAUUCAUACAUACAGAGAAGUGAGCACCCACUGGCCCAGCUCUACUGCCACUCCAUCAUGGAACACCACCACUUCGACCAGUGUCUCAUGAUCCUCAACAGCCCGGGCAACCAGAUUCUAAGUGGCCUAUCCAUCGAUGAGUAUAAGACCACGCUGAGAAUCAUCAAGCAGGCCAUCCUAGCCACCGACCUCGCCCUGUACAUCAAGCGGCGAGGAGAAUUUUUUGAGCUUAUAAGAAAAAAACAAUUUAAUCUGGAAGAUCCUCAUCAAAAGGAGUUGUUUCUGGCCAUGCUGAUGACCGCUUGCGACCUUUCUGCCAUCACGAAGCCAUGGCCCAUCCAGCAGCGGAUUGCAGAACUUGUUGCCACUGAAUUUUUUGACCAGGGAGACAAGGAGAGGAAGGAGCUCAACAUCGAGCCUGCGGACCUGAUGAAUAGGGAGAAGAAGAACAAGAUUCCCAGCAUGCAAGUUGGCUUCAUCGAUGCCAUCUGCCUGCAGCUGUACGAGGCCUUGGCCCAGGUGUCCGAGGACUGCUCGCCCUUGCUGGAUGGCUGCAGGAAGAACCGACAGCAAUGGCAGGCACUGGCAGAGCAGCAGGAGACAAUGCAGAUUAACGGGGAGAACAGCCAGGCCAAGCGGAACUGAGUAGGCACAACCCGCAGUGGACCUUCCUGUGGUAGCCGUGGCUGGUGUCUAGUUCCCAGAGCCGCUGUGCAGGGCAGGCACGGGCCCAGCCAUGGCUAUAUUUUCCACUUUGCUCACCCUCCGAGAGCCUCGUGAGGACAGCGGCCACAUCUGUGUGUGUUUAAUGCCACUGCAAGAGCCCCUGGGUCAGGCCAUGUGUGCUUGCACUGAUGUGACUUUCCUCUGCUUCUUAGAGACUAUUGGUAACUGCCUCUGUAUUGUGUGAAAUGACCAAUCUUCCAAGAACAUCAGGAAUCUCUCCAAAAUGGGGAGGUAGAAAACUCUUAACAGUUAAAUCCUUCACAGGAAAGAUUAAACUGGAGACUGGCUUUAAAUGAACAGAUCUAGCCCCCAUAUAUUUUAUCUUGGAGGCAAAUGAGAGGUGGGACUAGAGAGGAAAAGGUUUAUUUCUGAUCAGUGUUGUCAGACAGUGUCCUUGUUUCAGUGCAAUACAUGGAACCAAGGGGCACUCACCUGCCUGCCAGGGGGAGUGUGGGGUCCAUAGGAAAAGAGGGUUUCACAGGCUGGACACUGGACCUGAUCCUUGAACAGCCCUGAGAAUCUGUUGCAGGGGCUGAAUUUCUUCAUUUGAGAGCAGCCCAUCCCUGAGCACUGCAGAGAAGAAAGUACGAAGGAUUCAGUCUUGAAUGUCUUUGUCAAAUGGAACAUAAGCAAGAAUCUUAUUUAUAUCAGUAGCAAAGGGUGAUCCCUGGGCUAAAUCCAGGGAGCAAUAAGAUAGAAACCCAAGGCCUAGGGUAUAGCUCAGAGGACUAAGUUCAGCCCUGCUACAGUUGACUACAGUUGAGCACCAGA